AAAGCCCUAAAAACCCCUCCCUCUGAUACUUGUCCUAUUCAUAAUAGAACGUUGACAGUGCCAUUCUCCGACGACAGUGCCUUCAGCUGUCAUUAAGUUCUCGCACGGCACAGGUUCUCUCUUUCGCAUUUUCUGGGCAUUCGUGGUUUCGCCGCAUGUUCCAAACAAUUUUUAGGAGAAUGUAGAGAAAGAGAUGGAUUCUUCUCCUUCACCAGACAUAUACAUCCCAGAGCAAUGGUCAGAGGCUGCAGAGUCCAUUGCACACAGUUCAAUGCCUCCUAUUGCUCUUAUAUGUGGUGCCAAGAAUUGUGGGAAGACAACCUUCUCCCGCUAUCUCCUAAAUGUCCUCUUGCACAAAUACACCAAAGUAGCUUAUCUGGAUACUGAUGUUGGCCAACCUGAAUUUACUCCUCCAGCUUUUCUUUCACUAACCAUUGUUCAUAAAGUAACUCCAGAUUUGACAGUUCCAUGCCUGAAAACACCAGAGAGGUGCCUUUUCUUUGGUGAUGUUUCUUCUAAGAGAGAUCCAUCAACAUACUUAAGUUAUGUAUUUGCCAUAUAUGAUUAUUACCAAAAGAAGUAUUGCAUCUAUGAAAAGGGAGAAAAUCCUUGUAAGGUUAAGUUGCCUCUUAUUGUGAAUACUCCUGGCUGGGUGAAAGGUGUUGGUUACGAUGUAUUAGUGGACAUGUUGAAAUAUAUUUCUCCAACACAUGUAGUUAAGAUAAGCAUAGCCAGUGAAAAGAAGAAUCUACCUGCUGGAGAAUUCUGGUUAGAUGGAGAACACGAUGAAACAAUUAACCUAAUUGAGAUAAAUUCUGCUCAUCAGGACUCAUUAAAUAGAUCGUUGCUUGUUCAGAAGGAUGCACGUCUCCUACGUGAUCUACGAAUAAUGGCUUAUUUCAAACAGUGCUUUUCUAGUGAUUCAAAUAUUUCUACAAUCAAGGAACUUGCACAUGCCUUGGCCUCUCACUGUCCUUAUGAAGUUCCCAUUGCAAGCAUAAAGAUUCGACAUCUUCAUUGUGAGGUCCCAAGCUCCGAAAUAUUCUUCAGUUUGAAUGCUACCAUUGUUGGCUUAGCUGUUGAUUCUGAAGGACCUGAAAAUUUACCUUGGUGUCUUGGUCUUGGGAUUGUGAGGGGAAUUGACACAGUCAAAGGUGUGCUUUAUGUCAUUACUCCUGUACCACAUAAUUCUCUCGAAAAAGUCAACGUCUUGCUACAGGGUUAUAUCCAAAUUCCAUCUUGUUUAUUGCAGGUUCAGGGAUGCAUCUCACCUUACAUGUCAGCAAAUACUUUGACUUUGACUUCAAACUAGUUAUUCAUGUGUUGGCAAGAGAACCAUUAUAGUAACAUAUUAACAGGGUAAUAGCCACCAUUCCCUUCACGGGUUAGAAGCAUCGUUCCAUGGAAGGACAUAUAUUGUAAUUUACAUAUGCCCCAGAGCAUUUUUUUUUUCUCUGUUCUUGAAAAUCCAAUUUUGUUUUCGGUUAUUUAUAUUCAGUUACUAUUACUUGCGGUAUGUUUAAUUCCUUUCAAGCUUGGGAAUGUGAUGGCCAAGUCUGACAAAUGUCAUUUAAAGAAUAUGGCCCUUGAUUUAAGGUUCUUUGCAUAGAACAAUGGAUGGAUUUUUCAAGUUUCCAGUGUUGAAUGAAAUGAUACAAAUAAUUAUUAUUUUUAAGCAGGAAAA